AUUUGUCAUUAACAUAAAAAAUGCUGUGAUUCAAAAUACACUCCACAUGAGGAACCUCCCUCCUUAAAUCUAUCGCCAGGAAAGUUAACGCCUUCUGGCCCCUUUUAAAAAAAAUCCCAGUCCAGUUUAUCAGAGAGAGACUGAACUUGGACUGGGUUUGGCAGAUCAUAGCUUCUGGUCCUCCAGCGAAGGACCAAGUGGAAUUGGUUGAAUUAUCUUGUACCUUCCUGCUCCUCACCCACCCCCAUCACAGCCCCUUCUUUCCUUGACAGUGAGGAAGUCUUUUCUCUCAGUGACCGUCCCUCUUGGUUCUGAGCGAAAAGACUUUUGGGGAAAUUUUCAGGAUGGUCGCUUCAGGAGCCCUGGUCUUUCUAGUCCUCCUCACCCUGGGGGAGACCUCUGUGUUGACGGUGCGGGGUCAGACCGCAACCCCUCAACCCGCGCCGAGUGCCCCCAAGCCGGCCGGCCGGGAGAUGACCAACACCAGCGGCUGGGAUCGGAACGGGAGUCGCUCGGUGAACCGGCCAAUGUGCACGCAGCGGACCGAGAUCACUGGCACCUUCAAGUACAUCAACACCUUCGUCUCUUGCCUGGUGUUCGUGGUGGGGAUCAUCGGCAACUCCACCCUGCUGAGAAUUAUCUACAAGAACAAGUACAUGAGGAAUGGACCCAACAUCCUCAUCGCCAGCCUGGCUCUGGGGGAUUUGCUGCACAUUGUUAUCGAUAUCCCCAUCACCGUCUAUAAGCUCCAUGCUGAAGACUGGCCCUUUGGGGUGGAAAUAUGCAAACUCAUGCCAUUUAUGCAGAAGGCGUCUGUUGGAAUCACUGUUCUCAGUCUCUGUGCACUCAGUAUAGACAGGUAUCGAGCUGUAGCAUCCUGGAGCCGUAUUCAAGGAAUCAGAGUUCCCAUGUGGACUGUGAUUGAAAUUAUUCUCAUCUGGGUUGUGUCAAUUAUUCUGGCAGUUCCUGAGACUAUAGCCUUUGACCUGGUAAAUGUAGACUACAGAGGAAAGAAAUUCAAUGUCUGCUUGCUCCAUCCUGUUCAAAAAAGUCAAUUUAUGCAGUUCUACAAGAUAGCAAAAGACUGGUGGCUCUUUGCUUUUUAUUUCUGUAUGCCCCUCGCUUGCACAGCUCUGUUUUACUCUUUAAUGACUUGUGAGAUGUUAAGAAAGAAAAGUGGGAUGCAGAUCGCCCUGAAUGAUCACCUGAAACAACGUCGUGAGGUAGCAAAGACUGUAUUCUGCUUGGUGCUUGUUUUUGCCCUCUGUUGGCUUCCACUUCACCUUAGUAGGAUUUUAAUGAAGAUAUUCUAUGAUGAAUAUGAUCCUAACAGAUGUGAACUACUGAGUUUUCUCCUAGUGAUGAACUACAUUGGCAUCAACAUGGCUUCCCUCAAUUCCUGCAUCAAUCCAAUCGCACUUUACUUUGUCAGCAAGAGAUUCAAGAACUGCUUUCAGUCCUGCCUUUGCUGCUGGUUCCAGAGGAAGACUAUGAUGCACGUGUUGCCCUUGGAUGAGAAGCAGUCCUGCAUCAAGUGGAAGUCAAAUGGUAUCGAUCAUGGGCUAGACCACAGUAAUUCACGUUCCAGCAACAAAUACAGUUCAUCAUAAAACAGAGGCCGUGUUCCACACAUCCAUCUCCGGGAAGAAUGUGGCACUGCCAAAAACUGAAUAAAAGAUCUUAUUGUUAUCCCAACUGACAAAAGUCCAAAUUGAAAAAUCAUAGAGCGUUCCUAAAGGGCAGAUGCUGCAAUUUAUUUGAGAUAAACACAUUGUGUAAGGAAACACCCAUCUUAAAAUCACACACACCCUUUAAACGUUCACUGCAGCCUAAAGAGUAAUAAAUAUGGAACGAAAUGAAGACAGGCCUGCUUAUAGGUGAAACCAUUGUUAAGGCACUUGAAUGGUCUGACUCUGCACUUUUGGGUCACCACAUCAUCCCAACCUCUUAAUCAUUUGCAAAAUAUACUACAGGGUAAUGAGCCUGAGCCACAAGAUAAGAUGAUCAGCUUUCAAUUAACAUAUAAUAUUUGAUAAUAUUAGUGUAUCAGUAAGUUAAAUAGGUCAUAGUAUCUAGAAAUCAAUUUUCUUAACCUUUCACAAGCAAAGUUCAUAAAACGGAUUUUGGGCCGGACCCAUUCCCUUUUUACUUUAAUUGCAUUUUACUCAUAUAUCUGCAUACACGGUGAAGAUAUUCUAUUACACCAUCACUGGAUGUUGCAUCAACAUCAUAAAGGCGUGUGAUACAGUAGACACACAAUUAUUUGCAUAAGUAAAGCACUUAAAAUCACAUUGUUUUUAAAAAUAAAAAUGAGCUGUGAAUAGUCACACAUGCUUUGACACCCAUAACAAAAACGUAUUGAUCCUUUGCAACAUUCUAUAAUGAAGGUUUUGAUGCACUGAAGUUGACCUUGUUAAACUGAUACAGUUUGCAUUGCAGUUCUUCAAUUCAUUGAAUGAAGAACUGUUAAGGAUGGAAUGUAAAUGUCUUCUUGCUUUGCUAUUUGUUAGAAAAUUGUGAAUGCAGCAACAGCAAAAAUGUAUAAAAUUUCACCACAGCUAGCAAAAAACGAACUUGCCCGCCAGCUUCUGCCUGCUAUCAAUACCAUACAAGAAUUACCAGGUUAUAUUAGGACUUGAACAACUAUUAUGACUUAUCUUUCACCAUCGUGGCUCUAACCAUAAAUGCAAAAAAGCUUCAUUUUCAUUGAAUACAGCAGCUUUUCAGCAAAUUGAGUCACAUCUUUCCUGUCUGUUUUUACAAAUGCAUUUGACAACAAAGUUUUUCAGUAUUAUUUUGUUAAAAUAGUAUAUGUAUAUUUUUUAAAAAAUCAUUUCAAAAUACACAAUUAUUUAACAUUUAUUUGAUGCAUAGCUGGAUUCAGUGUUAUUACAUCAUUGAUGAGAAUUAAGUUCUUUCUGAAUUUCUUGUAUAUAUUGUUUAUAUGACACCGACUUUCUUGAAUUAAGUUAGCUCUAGUGCAUUUCUAGAUAUAAAUUAUCCUGACUAAUGUUUCCUUUUUCCAGCAAUUUUUUUCUGUUAUUGUUAUAUGCCAGAAAUGUAACUGAAGCAAAUAAUUGUCCCACAUCUGAGAAUGUGACAAUAAUGUUUUCAUUCUCAAAAUGAUGCUUUAUACUUAUUGUUCUCUUCUGUAUAUUUCUUAUAAUCAUUUUAUUGCAAAGCAUUCUAUUUUCUUUCUAAUGCCUUUAAUACAAUACAAAUGUGAAUGUUUCAUACAAAAUAAAUUGUGAUUUUAUUA